UUUGUGUGCAACUAUUCUGCUAGGGUGUUGGCUAUUAAUAGUGCUUUGGGUAAAACACUAAGAUUCAUUCUGACAAAACAAUGGUCAAUAACUGUGUUUCUUUUGCCUUUCUCUACUCUAUAGGCUUUGGCCAGGCUCCACAAGACUCCUGCUGGAUCCGGUUGCAGACUCAAUGGGCCAACACUCAUAUUACAGAUCACAGUGCUGCAGAGGGGAACAGUACUCAGGAGAUCUACCUGCAUACCUCUGGAUGUCUCUCCAAAAGUUCUCAGCAUGCCGACAUCCAAUCAGGGCUGGCCUGAGGAGUUUGGAUUCCAGCUGGGAGGGGGCGGGCCCAGCUACAUCCUGUCUGUGGAGGAGGGCAGCAGUGCUCACCUGGCCGGGCUGCAGCCGGGUGACCAGGUGCUGGAGAUCGAAGGCCACAAUGUCUCCACACUGCCCCCACAGGCUGUCAUUGCCAUUGCCCAGACACAGAAGAACAUACCGCCCAGUAUUGGAGUGGUGUCACGCAUACACCAGAUGGACAUCAUCCCAGGUCCAGAUGGUCGUUUUGGCUUCACCAUCGUGGGAGACUGCCCCCUGCUAGUGGAGGACUGCUCUCCAUGCUCCCCUGCAGGCAGAGCAGGGCUUAGGGCCGGGGACUAUGUCAUGGAGGUCAACGGCAUCCCAGUGCGCCAACACGAAACAGCUGCUGCACUCAUCAAGUCCUCCCAGGGCAGGACUCUCCGCCUGGGGGUCCUCUGUCUGGGACCAAGGCAGAAACGCAGCAUCAGCAUCGAGGACAGUCAGAUGGGAGAUGGGAUGAGGAUGGACAGGAAGCACAAGGCUCUUGAGUUCAAUAGAAAGGUUGACCAGAUUUUAGCCGAUGACCCAGAGGUAAAAGACAGACUGUUUGCGGUGUUAAAGCAGUACGCUGCAGAGAAGAGAGUGGAUUGGUUGGCGUCCGUCCUCCCCGAAAUACUCAGCACGGACGAGCACCGGCAGCUCCUCUCCAGUAUCAGAAUCUUCAUUCCCAAGAAGCACCGGCAGCGCUUUGACGACGCCGUGAACCAGAACGUUAUCAACAAGCUGUGCCGCAGUAAGAGCAUCAGCGAGCCACAGGGACGACUCCGCCGCAGCAGGAGCGAGGAUCACUCCGAUCGCCACCAUGGCUCCAAACGGGCCAGCUCCUUGCCCCGUGAGGGAGGGGAGGCCGGGGAGAGGGGCCCAGACAGGGAGAGAGAAAGGGACCGGGACAGGAGGCACCGGAAGUCUGUGCCAGGAAUACCCACACAUCCUCCAGUGGGACCCAAUCAGAGAAUUGUCCGUGUCUACCGGGGAAAGAAGACAUUCGGAUUCACACUUCGAGGCCACGCUCCUGUUUCCAUCGAUUCUGUCAUCCCAGAUAGUCCUGCCGAAGAGUGUGGACUGAAACCUGGCGACAAAAUCUUGUUUCUCAAUGGGCUCGACAUGAGGAACUGCUCUCAUGAGAAGGUGGUGUCCAUGCUUCAGGGCAGUGGAGCAGCUCCCACCCUGGUCGUAGAGGAGGGGUCUAUAGACUAUUCACCUGAGCACAUGGAGACAGAGGACACACCCAGCCCUGUGGCCACUAGCACCCUGCCACGAUCCAGAUCUCCUGCUCUCAGCUCCUUACAGUGGGUGGCAGAGAUCCUCCCUCCGAGCAUCAAAGUCCACGGCCGCACCUUUAGCCAACAACUCGAACAUCUUCUGACCAUUCAAGAACGAUACAACGUCUGCAAAGCUCUGGAGACCUUCUUCCAGCACAGGAAUGUGGACACCUUGAUAGUAGACGUGUUUCCGGUGCUGGAUACUCCGGCCAAGCAGCUCAUCUGGCAGUUCAUUUAUCAGCUCCUGACCUAUGAGGAACAGGGCCGCUGCCAGACCAAGCUGUCUCGCUUCCUAGGUUUCAAGAGCAGUGCCAUUUUGGAUCCCGACGGACCUGAACUACACAGGAGGAGCAGCUCUAUGCGCAUCAGCGGCUCAUCGUACCGGGGCAGUGUCCGAGAGAGGAGCUCAGACGACUGCAUCAUCGGCACUCACCUGGGGAUGGGAAUUCAUUUGGACGAGGUGGAGAGCUCAGAGGAGAGGCAGUCUGGAGACGGGACCUCCUUCCCAGAAUCCCCUGACCUCAAUCAUAUGACAGGUAUUUACACUGAGCUGGAGAGCGUGUACCCGGUCAAGAAGGACUCAUCUCCACUACACGGCUCCACGGGAGAGCCGGAGAGCCAGGGAGAGGGCUACAGCCGCCCUCUCUCCCCCCUCACCCUGCCCCCACUCAAGGGUACUCUGGGUCGUAAGUCAGGCCUCUCCCUGUCAUGGAAGGAGCCCCUCCCCUCUCAGGUGUACGGUCUGCCUCACCAGAGCAGUGUGGACUCUAACCCGUACGUGAGCCUGGAGAGCCCCCCUCCGUCGCCCCCGCACCCGGACAGCGACACAGCACCCAACACUCUCAACCGUAGAAAGAAACUCUUCACCUUCUCCAGACCCCCCCGCAGCAGGGACACUGACAAGUUCCUAGAUGCCCUGAGCGAGCAGCUGGGCCACAGGGUCACGCUGGUGGAUGGGGUGGAGGAGAACGACUAUGAGGAGAUGAGUUUCCCAGAGGAGCAGGAUGGGGGUUUCGUGCCUCGGCAGCUGAGCAGUGAGAGCAGUGAGGGCCACAGCAGUGGUGGUGAGGAGGCACCCUCUCCCACCUUCUCAGACGAGGGAGAGCCCAUCCCCCCUCCCCCACCCAGAGCCCCUCCCCCUCCGCCCUUCCAGUCCCUCAUCCCUCCUCCCGUCCAGUUCACCGACCCCCACCCACCCGUGCGCUUCUCCCCCGACCACGUGCCCCGCAGCCGGAUGCCCUUCCAGCCUCAUCAUCCCAUCAUCAUCCCACCGCCCCCUCCGCCGCCCCGUACGCUGCUCUCCAGCCGCUCCCCACUCCACAAGACUGACAAGAAGCCCCGCCUCCAGCCCACCACGCGCAUCUCUCAGGGACACGGCACCCUCCGCACCGCCCACCCCAACCGCUACCUCCCCCGUCAGCUGAGCCAACCCCAGCCUCUGCUCCAUACCUCCACCUCUCCACAGCCCUCUCCACAGGUGCUCCGCCCCAGUCAGGUGGUGCUCCAGAGGCACCACCAGCUCCACCACCAGCACAGCUACCAGGGCGCGCUGCCCCCCUCCCUCAAAGACCACUGCACCACACAGGGGAGUCAGAACACAGGGCCCUGCUCCACCUCCACUCUGCCUGGACACAGCAAGGCCUACGAGAGCAGACAGGAGCCAUCAUCACAGGCUCCUCCACCUCCUCCUCCCCCACUGCCCCCUCCGUGUGAGCCCCCACCCCUGCCGGCUCCGGGACAGGCCUCGGACCCCAACCACAUGAGCGUGAAGAGGCUGCGCUGGGAGCAGGUGGAGAACUCCGAGGGCACCAUCUGGGGACAGCUCGGAGAAGAUUCAGAGUAUGACAAGCUGACAGAUAUGGUGAAAUACUUGGACCUUGAUCUCCAUUUCGGGACACAGCGGCGAUGCAAACCAGCUUUCACACCUGACAACUUUAAGAAGAAAGAUGUGGUGGAGAUCCUGUCCCAUAAGAAAGCCUACAACGCAUCCAUCCUGAUCGCCCACCUGAAGCUGUCCCCAGAGGAGCUCAGAGACGUCCUGAUGAACAUGUCCACCGAUCGCCUGGAGCCUGCCCACAUCAAACAACUGCUGCUGUAUGCGCCAGACCAGGACGAGGUCAGCCUGUACCAGCAGUACGACCAGGACCCUGGCAAGCUCAGCCCUCCUGACCACUUCAUCUACCAGAUGCUGAGGGUCCCUGAGUACAAAACUCGUCUGAGAAGUCUGCACUUUAAGACCACCCUACAGGAGAAGAUGGAGGAGAUGAAGGUGGCUUUUGAUUAUGUCUUCAAGGCUUCAGUGGAGCUCAGGAGCAGCAAGAAACUGGCCAAGAUCCUCGAGUUUGUUCUUGCCAUGGGGAAUUAUCUAAACAACGGGCAGCCCAAGAGCAACAGAACCACUAGUUUUAAAAUCAACUUUCUAACUGAGCUGAGCACGACCAAAACUGUGGAUGGGAAAUCCACCUUCCUCCACAUUUUGGCCAAGUCCUUGUGCCAGCACUUUCCUGAGCUGCUCAACUUUUCCAGAGACCUGACCACCGUGCCUCUGGCUGCUAAGGUGAACCAGAGGAUAAUCACCACAGAGCUGAGUGACCUCCAGAGCACCGUCCAGGACAUCAGAGCGGCCUGUGUCAAACUGCCCCCCACCCCCGAGGACAAGUUCUCCUCUGUCAUGAGCAGCUUCCUGGAGAACAGCCAUCCAUCCAUCCAGUCCCUUGAGUCCCUCCAGAGCAGAGCCAUGGAGGAGUUUGCCAAAGUGGUAUCGUAUUUCGGAGAGGACAGCAAGACCACCAGCACCGAGAGCUUCUUUGGCAUCUUCGCCGACUUCAUCUCCAAGUUUGAGAGAGCGCUAACAGAGACCCAGAGCCCCGAAAACCCCAGAAGCCCCCGUCUCUCCUCACCUCUGGCCUGGUAGAAGAGAAACAUCUGCUCUCAUAAAACCAAAGUGCCAACAACCCACAGAGACAGUCAACACGGUCCAGAACCACUGAACCCACCACACACAGAGCCAGAACCAGGAACUGAAGCAGGAACCAACUCGACACACAAGAAGUCUAGCAUAUUAGCUGUGGUUAUUAUUAUCAUACGACUAUUAUGUAAAGUUUCUAUUUUCUAUUAAAUUCUAUGUCUAUGUAAAGAAUGGUGACGUGAAUCGAUGCUGCCAGGAGUGUAGUUUAGUGUUUACAUUGGGCUUGUAACACUGGUGCUGUCACUGCCAUCGGAACAUGUGAAGAAUUGAUAGAAAUGAUAGGUUUAAAAUAAGCUGAGAUAUAUUUGAACAUUUUGGAAACAGAAAUCGAUUAACAAAGGUGAGAUUUUGGCAAAAGAAAAUCUAGCUAGCUAUUUUUGCUUUAUAAUAUGUCAAGAGAAGUCUACUCUAAGUUAAUUACGUUGCAAAUUUUGGUGUAAUUCCAAAUACCAGACCAAAAUAUUGACUGUGAUUUCUGAUUUCUAAAACUAAUUUCGACUGGCAAUUGUUAACUGGACUGAUUUUUAUGUUAAUUCCAUCUCUUUUUUUCUUCUGUUUGAAAAUAGUCCAAAUUAAUUUUCACAGAAUCCCAUAAUAAAACAGCUUUGCUCAUUUGAUUUGACAGUACAUCGGACUGCACCGACGCAUCAGAAAAGGAAGAUAAAUCUGAGAGGUGUGAGGAAUAGAGAAUCCUUUGUGACAGCUAGCGUCCUGCUUUGUUGACUAACACGUUAAAGGCUACACUAUCCGUCGCUGGCAAAGAGGCGUUAAUAGUCUGCACUUUGUCCCGUAAUACUUCUCGAGUGUUCUUAAAGCAGGUGGGCGGCCCGCGGUGAGUGAGGAGCGCACGUACUCUCCAUAGGACUUCUGUACAUGGAUAUUUCCUGCUUCUCCGGUCGCCAUGGUGAUCUCAUGACUCAUUCCAAGUGUCUCCGUAGCCGUGUUGUAUUUGAAGACUGUAACACUGACAGCUGGCUAUGCACUGCUCAUUGUUUAUGUAAUAUAUUGUAUCAAGAUUAUUAUUAUUUUUUUUGCCAUUGUUUGAGGAUGACAUAAUUAUGUAUUGUUCAUUUUGCACAGCUAUAGUGAAGCUUGCAAGGGCAGUGAGGUGACUACAGUGUUCCUAUUAUUUUGUCCAACUCUCUGCAUGUUGGUGCAAGUUACAGUGUUAACGUGUGCAGCUAGUAGCAUUUCUAUUUCUCCUAUGUUAUGAAUGAAAUCUGUUAGUCUAGUUAGGUUUAUUUAUUGCCCCUUUUAUAACUGUUUUAUAUAUGUUUAUUUCCUAUUUACGUCUCCCUUAUUUGUGCUGGUUUAUUUCAGGUUUGGGUC